AUGCUUUUAUCCAUUAUUACAAUUGUUCUUACACUUUGAUAACAUGCAUGGUAAAAAAUCCUUCAGAAUCAAUAGAGUUUCUAAUGAGAAAGCUUCUUCUUAUGAUCAGUAUCAUCAUUGUAAUAAUCAAGAUCAUAGAUUAAUAUCUCUAAGAAGUCUAAUUAGUAAUCGAGAAUGUUCAACAUGUCGAGAUCAAAGAAGACGACGUUCAAUUUUUUGUGAAGUUAAUAGAAGCCGUUCGACCUACCGAAAUACAGGAAGAAGACGUUCAGUUUCAUAUGAUGAUGAUAGAGACCAUUCGACCCACCAAGAUCUAUGUCCAAUUCUUUAUGAAAACAAUAGAGUUCUUUAUAAUUCACCAAGAUGGUCUGAUGAUAGUAACGGAAGUUUGAGCAGAAGUUUUAGACUGUACAAAAAUUCAGAAAUAAAUGAAAUCGAAACAAUAAAUUUAACACUUAAACAUUUGAUUAAAGAAGUCGAAGUUUUGAAGAGCAUGCUGCAAGUUCAGUCCACAUGUCUUAAUAAAGGUAAAGGAUCUGUAACUCUGGAAUCACCAGAAGGAUAUGUACGAAGAUCUUGUCUAAUACUCGAAAAGAUGUCUAAUGAACAAUUCAAGAUUUUUAGGGUAUAUUAA